AUGUCUCAAAUUAUUACCGACAUGCUGAAUAUUGGCGUGGUUUUAGUCCUACGUAAAUCGGCAAGACGCAGUCUUCUUACUUUUAUGGAGGCCGCCACUGUUCAUUCAGUAUUUGGUGAUUUUCAAUUAAGGAUCGCCGUUCGCACCACCAGGAAGCGCAUCGAAAGCCAAGACAAGAGACUGCAUCUACUGCGCCUUGCAGUUGGAUGGCGCAGAGAGAUAAAUAAUCAACGCCACAACAAAACCUCUUUGCAUCGGCUGCAGCAGAGGACCCAACCUUUGUCACUCGAAAUGCAAAUACCAACGAGGCCCAUCGAUGUCGAAAGAUGCGCUGUUAUCGAUAAUCAAUUGCAAGAUGAUUUGAAAGAAACAAUUCAUCCAGAACUACGCCAACCCAUCCAACAGGCGGCUGGCAGACCGAAAACUACUAAAUCAAGCGCAAGAUUCAAUCCCUUCAGUGGUUCUCGUUCCAUCGAGUUUAGAUCACCGAAUCAUGUUCUUCUUGAGCAUUAG